AUGUAUCAGGCCAAAAACGCUUACUUUAUCUGCGGAUUCGCCGCCAUUGGUGGUGGUCUAUUUGGCUUUGACAUCAGCUCUAUAAGUGGUGUCCUCGGAACCGAAGCCUACAAACGCUACUUUGGCAACCCCGUAUCGUACUCCCAAGGCGGUAUCACCGCCUCUAUGCCUGCCGGCUCCCUCGUCGGAUCCCUCUUUUCCUCUUUCAUCGCCGAUAAGUACUCCCGCAAGGUCGCCCUCCAGUUUUCCUGCAUACUCUGUGUCGUUGGCGCCAUUCUGCAAUGUGCUGCGGUCAACGUCGGCAUGCUUUGCGCCGGUCGUGUUAUCGCCGGCAUGUGUAUUGGUAUCGCUUCCUCCAUCGUUUCUGUUUACCAAUCAGAAAUCGCCCCCAAGGAGAUCCGUGGUCGUAUCCUGAUCCAGUAUUUGAUUCAAUAUGGCGCCGCCGAGGGUGUCGGAGGCGGCUCUACCUACCCCAACCAACCGACAGCUGCCUUCCGUAUCCCAUGGGGUGUGCGGAUGGUCCCCGCCGUCGUCCUGUUUGUCGGUCUCUUCUUCUUUCCAUACAGCCCGCAUUGGCUUGCUAGCAAGGACCGCUGGGAUGAGGCCAUGCAGGUUCUCGCCCACCUUCACGGGAACGGCGACGUCAACCACCCCAAGGUCCUUUCUCAGUAUCGGGAGAUUGAGGAGGCCUCCCGCUUCGAGCGGGAGGAGAACAUCGGCUCCUUCAAGGGUCUCGUUGCACCCCGCAUGUACAAGCGUGUGCUUCUCGGAAUGAGCAUUCAAAUGUGGUCCCAGCUGAGCGGCAUGAAUGUUAUGAUGUAUUACAUUGUUUACAUUAUGCAAAGCGCUGGCAUCGGGAACCCGCUCUUGAGUGCCUCCAUCCAGUACAUCAUCAACGUUGUCAUGACUUUGCCUGCCAUUCUCUUCAUUGACAAGCUUGGCCGGCGUCCUCUGCUUAUUGGUGGGUCUUUCAUGAUGAUGGCUCUGCUGUUUAUCUCUGGCGCGCUACAGCAGUACUACGGCGAGGCCAACACUGACGAAACGCGAGAAUCUCUCAACGAGUCCGCUUCCUGGAUCAUCAAAGAGCAGUACUCCGUCUCCGCCGCUAUCGUCUCUUGUUCCUAUAUUUUCGUGGCCACGUUUGCGACAACAUGGGGCCCGGUCAGCUGGACAUAUCCUGCCGAAAUAUUCCCCAUCAAAAUUCGCGCCAAGGCCGUUUCCUUGGCCGCGAGGACCAACUGGUUUUGGAACAUGGUUCUGGCCUUCGCCGUUCCGCCCUUGCUGUGGAACAUUAACUACCGGAUGUACUACAUCUUCGCCGCCUUCAACGCCCUUGCCUUCCUCCAUACCGCAUUCUUCGCUCCCGAAACCAAGGGCUUUACCCUUGAGGAGAUGGAUGAUGUCUUCAACUCCGGCCUCCCGGCUUGGAAGAGCCACAAGGCCAAGUCGCGCCUCGAUGACCUCGAGAACGAAAUUGCUGCCGGAAACCUCAAGGUAGAAGGAUCCGUCGACGCCACCGGGACCAAAAAUGGCGCUACAGAGGCUGAGAAGCCGAGCAUUUGAGUCUGG